AUGCUGCCUCUCGGACGAGUUCUGCGAUCGCGUGCGCUGCAGCAGUUACAGUUACGCUGUCAGAGCAGCAAGGCUCUAGGCGAUGCUCUGCCCAACAGCUGUGAUGUCCUGAUCGUUGGCGGCGGCGGCAUGGGAGCCUCUUCGGCAUUCUGGCUCACUUCCAAGACACGGCAGCAGGGAAAGAAGCUCAAUGUGCUGGUGGUGGAGCGCGAUCAUGCUUACACGAAGGCAUCGACUGUGCUGUCGGUGGGCGGAGUGCGGCAGCAGUUCUCACUGGCGGAAAACAUACAAAUGGGACUCUAUGGCCACGACUUCAUAGUGAAUAGCCAAAUGCAUUUGGGCGAUGUGGAUCUUUGCUUCCAGCCUCACGGCUACCUGGUCAUGGCCACCUCCAAGGGAGCCGAAAUCCUCACACAGAACUCGAAGCUGCAGAACGAAUUGGGUGCCCGCAACAAAUUACUCGGCCCGGAGGCCCUGCGCAAGCAAUUUCCCUGGCUCUCCACGGACCAAAUUGAACUAGGCUGCUAUGGCAUUGAGAAGGAGGGAUGGUUUGAUCCCUGGGCCCUGCUGAUGGGUUUCAAGAAGCAGGCGCGUUCCUUUGGCGCUCAGUUUGCCAACGGAGAAGUGAUUGGCUUCGAGUGGGAUGGCGCUGGGGCUUUGUCUGGAGCAGUGGUGGAUGCUGGCGAUGGCAUUCAACGCACCGUGAAGUUCGACACCUGCGUACUGGCGGCAGGAGCUCACUCCGGUCAGCUGGCUAGUCUAGCAAAUAUUGGCAGCAGCCACGCGAAGGAGGCACUGCUGCGAGUACCUCUACCGGUGGAGCCACGAAAGCGAUAUGUCUAUGUGUUCAGCACGCAGGGCGAGAAUUGCCCAGGCUUGGCCACGCCACUGACCAUAGAUCCCGAUGGAACGUACUUCCGACGCGACGGCCUGGGCGGUAACUUCCUCUGCGGACGCAGUCCCUGUGACGAGGAGGAGCCCAACUGUGAGACCUUAGAUGUGGAUCAUGGCUACUUUGACACCGAUAUCUGGCCCACCCUAGCAAACCGUGUGCCUUGCUUUGAGGCCGUCAAAGUGCAGAGC